CGUUAAUCGAAGCUCUUUAAAAUAUAAGUUGUAAAAUGCUUUAGCUCUCCGCCUUCGCGAUCGAUAGCUGUUCAAUUGUAUUAAAACAAUGGCGCUGCGUUUAGUGCUCAGUUGUCGAGAGAUUCCUUCCGUAUUGCGAAACAGCAAUUUAAUUCAUCAUCCUCGGAAAAUACUAGGCAAUGUUGGAGCCGAUCGUCAGCUAACGAUAGUACGGUACACGAGGAACGUGAAGAAUACGCGAUCGGAAUCGUUCGCUCCACGGCAAACGAUCGUGCCGACAGAGGUGCAGGGCAUCGUUAUAGAUUCAGGUUACAUCGAUCCUUCUAAAAUAUGGCGAUCUUUCCUGUUCACUGCUGCGUUCACAACCGGCAGUUUCGUAGCAGUUUCCAUAUGGGAAUACGAAACGGUACGAUCACGUGCGAUAAAGGCACUGCGAAGCAAACUAAACGUCAACUGGUUCAAGGAACGGAUGAGGCAGACCCGCCAUGACACGGAGCAAUGGCGUAAGGACCUCAGCGGCUGGUGGAAUAAACUUUCUCCUGGCGAGCGCGUGUUUGCUCCCAUUUGCGCGCUAAACGUGAUCGUCUAUGGGCUUUGGCGAAUACCAAGCCUGGCACCGACAAUGGUGAAAUAUUUUGCCUCAAAUCCAGCCGCAAAGGCGGUAUGCUGGCCCAUGGUAUUGUCUACGUUCAGCCACUAUUCGCUGUUUCAUAUAAUGGCGAAUAUGUACGUGUUGCACAGUUUCUCGCAUGCCGCCGUAGCCACGCUGGGCAAAGAACAGUUCUUGGGCAUGUAUUUGAGUGCGGGCGUGGUAGCAUCGUUCGCAAGUCACGUUUUCAAAACGUUAGCUCGGCAACCAGGUCUUUCGCUGGGUGCGUCUGGUGCAAUUAUGGGUGUACUGGCCUACGUAUGCACGCAGUAUCCCGACACGCAGCUUAGCAUAUUGUUCCUACCGAUGUACACUUUCUCUGCCGGAGUGGCAAUCAAAGUGAUAAUGGGCAUUGAUUUGGCAGGCGUUCUGCUGGGCUGGCGGAUUUUCGACCAUGCUGCCCAUCUCGGUGGGGCAAUGUUUGGACUAUUCUGGUGCUACUUUGGCUGCCAAAACGUGUGGCCAAUGAGGGAACACUUUAUCGGAUACUGGCACGAGUUGAGAGGACCACCCAAAAAAUGACCAUCACCGACGGAGUGGACGAAGAA